AUGGGGAGUGUGGAGGAUCCUAUCUUUGAAGAUGAUACAGAUAUAAGUGACACAGAAAUGGAUGAGGAUGAAGAAGAAUAUUAUGAAGAUCUGAAGAAUGGAAAACACAAUGUGAGAAGCUCAGAUGGGACAUAUAUUUGCCCCUUCUGCCCAAAGAAGAAAAAGAGGGAUUUUGUUCUGAAGGACCUGCUCCAACAUGCCUCUGGGGUGGGAAAGAGUAAUUCAGAAAAGAGAAGCGCAGAAGAAAAGGCCAAACACUCAGCUUUAGCGAAAUAUUUGGAAAAAGAUCUAGCAACCGAAGGUGGUCCAUCUAAACCUGUGGGUGAGGAAGACCCCCCAGUUGAUUGUGACCAUGAUGAAAAGUUAGUGUGGCCUUGGACAGGGGUAGUGGUUAAUAUUCCAACCAGACGGGCAGAUGAUGGGCGAUAUGUAGGAGAAAGUGGAUCCAAACUGAGAGAUGAUUUAAUAAGGAGAGGGUUCAAUCCCACAAGGGUUCACCCUCUAUGGAAUUUUCGGGGUCACUCAGGAAGUGCUGUUGUGGAAUUUAGGAAAGAUUGGCCUGGCUAUGUUAAUGCCAUGUCAUUUGAGAGGGCUUAUGAGGCAGAUCGACAUGGGAAAAAGGACUGGGGUGCUAAUGGUGACCAAAAAUCUGGUCUUUAUGCUUGGGUUGCUCGUGCAGAGGACUAUAAAGCUACCAAUAUUGUUGGAGAACACCUCCGUAAGAUUGGAGACCUAAAAACAAUUUCUGAAAUUAUGGAGGAAGAAGCCAGGAAGCAGGAUAAGCUUGUAUUUAAUCUUAACAAUAUCAUUCAGGGCAAGAACAAAGACAUGGAAGAGAUGGAGCUAAAAUGUAGUGAAACUACAAACUCCAUUGAGAGCGUAAUCACAGAGAAAGAAAAGCUCGUUCAAGGUUAUAAUGAAGAUAUAAAAAAGAUACAAAUGAGUGCGCGGGAUCACUUUCAGAGGAUUUUUAGCGACCACGAAAAACUUAAGUUACAAUUGGAAACUCAGAAGAUAGGGCUAGAGACACGCAUAGAAGAAAUGGAGAAGCGUGCGGUGGCUAACGAAAGUGAAAGUAGGAAGCUCGCCGAUGAAAUUGAAAAGAAUUCGGCAAAAAAUAGUUCUCUGCAAUUGGCUUCUAUGGAGCAACUGAAGGCUAAUGAAAAUUUAUUGAAACUGGCUGAAGAUCAGAAGAGGCAAAAGGAGGAGCUCCACAGUAAAAUAAUUAAACUGGAAAAGCAACUGGAUACAAAGCAAACUCUUGAAUUGGAAAUUGAGCAACUUAGAGGGAACUUAAAUGUUGUAAGGCGCAUGGGGGAUGAUGGGGAUGUUGAAGUGCUGGAAAAGGUGGACACAAUGCUCAAAGACUUGAGAGAAAAGGAAGAAACAUUUGAAGACUUAGAAGCUUUAAAUCAAACUCUAAUUGUAAAGGAGCGUAAGAGCAAUGAUGAGCUGCAGGAAGCUCGUAAGGAAUUGGUUAAUGGCUUGAAGGAAAUAUCAAAUCGUGCUCAUAUUGGUGUUAAGAGAAUGGGUGAGCUUGACAGUAAACCCUUCCAAGAAGCAAUGAAGAGAAAGUAUAAUGAGGAAGAAGCAGAAGAGAAAGCCACAGAGCUGUGCUCAUUGUGGGAAGAAUACCUGAAGGACCCCGACUGGCAUCCUUUCAGAGUUACUACAGUCGAUGGGCAACAUAAGGAAUUCAUAAAUGAACAAGAUGAAAAAUUGAAAGAUUUGAAGAAACAACUGGGGGAUGAGGUGUAUAAUGCUGUAACAUCAGCUUUAAAGGAGAUAAAUGAAUACAACCCUAGUGGGAGGUAUAUAACUUCUGAACUGUGGAACUAUGCUGAGGGACGAAGGGCUUCACUGCAAGAAGGAGUUGACUUUAUUCUGAAGCAAUGGAAAAUAAAGAAACAGCGGAUGGAAGAUUGA